AUGAAAAAUGAAGGAGCAUUCGUAGAAGUUAAAGAAAGUAAAAUAUAUUAGUAAUUAAAUAAUUUAGAAUUUGCCUAAAACCUUAUUCAAGAUCUUGCAGAAAAUGUAUAAACUGUAGCUGGUCAUUAUUCAAAAUUUUAGUUGAUAGGAAAAUCAAAUUGUGUUGAAGUUUCUCCAAAGAAUUUGAACAAAGGAAUGAUUUUAGAAUUGAUCUUGUAGAAGGAAUAAAUUAUUAAUGAAAAGUUAGACUUUGCUUUGAUUAUAGCCAUAAGGAUUGAAAAAGAAGAUAUUUUUUCUCAUUUUAAAGUAAUAAUUAAAAGUAAAAAAUAUUUUAUUGGAGUAAUAUAUAUGUUAUAUUAUUAGAAUGGUAAUAAGUUUUCAGUAUCUUUAGGUUUGGUUCCAUCAUAUGUUAAUUAUUAUAUUAAUUUCCAAAUAGAUUUAAUACAAUUAUUAAAAAAAAUGUGA